CUAUAAAUAGAGGAGUUCUCCGGACCAACAACCACACUCAAAAGUUUUCGUUGUCCUUCAUCCUACCUCCGCUGAAAAUCGUUGGGUGGGAUAAACAAUCACGCACAACGAACGUUUCUGCUGUGGUUGUUCGCUAAAGAAAGACAAUGAAGCAAAAAAUUGUGAUGAAAGUCCCGAUGAAUGAUCCAAAGAGCCGGUCCAAGGCCAUGAAAACUGCAGUCAGCAUACAAGGUGUUAUAUCUGCUACGUUGGAGGGCAGCAAUAAGGAACAGCUUGUAGUGGUUGGUGAGGGAGUCGACUCGGUCGUGUUGACAACCCUGCUUAGAAAGAAGAUGGGAUUCACAGAGCUCGUUAGCGUUGCAGUGGUCGAUGAGAAGAAGAAAGAGGAGGAGACAAAGCCGAAGAGUGAAACGGUGGUUCUGCCCUCUUAUUCACCCUACCAAUACAGCUGGUCACAACCCCUAUAUGUGUACGAAGACCCAAACCGGGAUAAUUGUUGCAUCAUGUGAAGCACUACAAAUGAUAUCAAAGGUUGAAGUUGCGUGAUGAGUCAUGAUAAGACUGCUUGUGGGACCUAAUCAUUGCUUGAAGAUGUGUGAUGAGUUAUAAGACUGCUUGUGGGACGACCUAACCAUGCUUUUUCUCUAAAAAGCUAUUAAGAUAGGGGAAAUGGGCUGGAAUUGUGUUGGAUGUAACAGCAACAUUUGAGAAAGUGUCAUGCAUGCUUGCGUGGUUAUUCAAAAAAGAAACAAAAAAAAGUUUAGAAGUAGUAGAUUUUUGUAAAUGAAGGCACUAUACUCGAUUUGAGUGAAAGGGAAUUUUAUUAAUAACAUAUUAAUCACUGAUAGUCCGGGAUAUGGAUC